GUGUGCUGGACUGUACUGAUCCCAGGGUGAAGUUGCCUGCUUGUGGUGUGUGGUGGGGGGGGGAGGUGUAGGGCAGCAGGAGCAGGACAGCCGGACAGACAGGCCGGACGGGGUACCAGCACCUCAACUUCUUUCCCUGGAACACCGUCCAAACUCCGGGGUCCAUAGGCCAAGCUGAGUAAUGGGUGCUGAGGAGGAGGUGCUGGUCACACUAUCAGGGGGAGCGCCCUGGGGCUUCCGACUUCAGGGGGGGGCCGAGCAGAGGAAACCCUUACAGGUGUCCAAGAUCCGAAGACGGAGCCAAGCUGGUAGAGCAGGACUCCGUGAGAGGGACAAACUCUUAGCAAUCAAUGGAGUCUCUUGCACCAGCCUCUCUCAUGCCAGUGCUAUGAGCCUCAUCGAUGCCUCAGGGAAUCAGCUUAUCCUCACUGUGCAACGGUUAGCAGAUGAGGGGUCUGUGCGAUCUCCAUCCCCUGGUGAGCUUCAGGUGCUGUCACCUUUAUCUCCUCUGAGUCCUGAGCCCCCUGGUGCUCCAGUUCCCCAACCUCUUCAGCCUGGGAGCCUUCGCUCACCUCCUGACAGUGAGGCCUACUACGGAGAGACAGACAGUGAUGCUGAUGGCCCUGCCACCCAGGAGAAGCCCCGCCGACCCCGCCGCCGAGGCCCCACGAGGCCCACUCCUCCGGGUGCCCCACCCGAUGAGGUCUACCUGUCUGAUAGCCCUGCAGAGCCAGCACCUACCAUCCCAGGCCCUCCCAGUCAGGGUGACAGCCGUGUGAGCUCCCCAUCUUGGGAGAAUGGGGCAGCCCUUCAGCCACCCCCAGCCGAAGUCCUGCUGUUACCGCAUGGCCCCCUCCGACCUGGCCCUCAUCUCAUCCCCAUGGUGGGGCCUGUUCCCCAUCCCGUAGCAGAAGAUCUUACUACCACCUAUACCCAGAAGGCCAAGCAAGCCAAACUGCAACGUGCAGAGAGUCUCCAAGAGAAGAGUGUGAAGGAGGCCAAGACCAAAUGCCGGACAAUUGCAUCCCUGCUAACUGCAGCCCCCAACCCGCACUCCAAAGGGGUGCUUAUGUUUAAGAAACGGCGGCAGAGAGCCAAGAAGUACACCCUAGUGAGCUUUGGGGCUGCUGCUGGGACAGGCGCCGAGGAAGAGGACGGCGUUCCACCCACGAGUGAGUCUGAGCUGGACGAAGAAGCCUUCUCCGACGCCCGAAGCCUCACCAAUCAGUCCGACUGGGACAGCCCCUACUUGGACAUGGAGCUGGCCAGGGUGGGCACAGCAGAGGGCCAGGGGGCCGGGCUGGGAGGGCAGCUGAGUGAGGCCUCUGGGCGAGGGGUCCAGCUCUUUGAACAGCAGCGCCAGCGCACAGCUUCCAGCACCCAGGAGCAGGCUCCGGCUGGCGCAGCCGCCAUGCUCAACGGGCAGGGCCUGCAGUCACCACCUCGGGCCCAGAGUGCACCUCCCGAGGCGGCUGGACUCCCACCCAGCCCUUUGCCAGCCCCUGUAGCCAGCCCCAGACCCUUCCUCCCAGGUGGUGGAGCCCCCACCCCAGCUCCAAGUGUCUUUAACCGGUCAGCGAGGCCCUUUACCCCGGGCUUACAGGGACAGCGGCCAAGUACCACCUCGGUUAUUUUCCGGCCUGUAGCCCCCAAGAGGGCGAAUGAAAGCCUAGGAAGCCUCAGCCCUGCCCCACCUCCCUUCUCGCCCUCUCCGCAGGGGCCCACCCCUCUGCCUAGCUUCACCGCGGGGGUUCCCAGCCACGUGCCUGCCUCUGGUGCCCCCGGCACCCCACGCUCCUCGGGCCCUGUGACGGCCACCAGCUCCCUGUACAUCCCAGCCCCCAGUCGGCCUGUUACCCCAGGCGGAGCCCCAGAGCCCCCCGCUCCUCCUAGCGCAGCUGCCAUGACCUCCACAGCUUGCAUCUUCCUAUCUGCGCCUCUGCGACCCUCUGCGCGCCCAGAGGCGGCCGCCCCGGGCCCAGCGGCCCCUGAGCCCCCCAGCGCUAGGGAGCAGCGCAUCUCUGUGCCAGCCGCCCGCACGGGUAUUCUGCAGGAGGCGCGGCGCCGGGGGACGCGGAAGCAGAUGUUCCGGCCGGGAAAGGAGGAGACGAAGAACUCGCCCAACCCGGAGCUGCUGUCGCUGGUGCAGAACCUAGAUGAGAAACCCCGCGCCGGGGGUGCUGAAUCUGGUCCUGAGGAGGACGCUCUGAGCCUUGGGGCUGAAGCCUGCAACUUCAUGCAGCCACCAGGGGGCAGGAGUUACAAGACCCCGCCUCACGUGACGCCUAAAACCCCGCCUCCAAUGGCUCCCAAGACCCCGCCCCCUGUGACUCCUAAGACUCCACCCCCGGUGGCUCCUAAGCCCCCAUCUCGGGGGCUCCUUGAUGGGCUAGUGAAUGGGGCAGCCCCUUCGGCUGGAAUCGCUGAGCCACCAAGGCUGCAGGGCAGGGGUGGGGAGCUGUUUGCCAAGCGGCAGAGCCGUGCGGACAGGUAUGUGGUGGAUGCUACACCUGGUCCUGGCCUUGGCCCUCGGCCCAGAAGUCCUUCUCCUACCCCUUCACUGCCCUCUUCCUGGAAAUAUUCACCCAACAUCCGUGCCCCACCUCCUAUUGCUUACAACCCACUGCUCUCUCCUUUUUUCCCUCAGGCUGCCCGAACACUCCCUAAUAAGGCCCAAUCCCAGGGACCCCGGGCAACGCCCAAGCAGGGCAUCAAGGCUCUGGAUUUUAUGCGGCAUCAGCCCUACCAACUUAAAACUGCCAUGUUCUGUUUUGAUGAGGUUCCCCCAACUCCUGGUCCAACGUCCUCAGGCCCCCCCAAAACUGCCCGAGUCCAAGAGAUUCGCCGAUUUUCCACUCCGGCGCCGCAGCCUACUGCAGAGCCCCUGGCUCCCACUGUGCUUGCCCCCAGAGCAGCCACUACACUGGAUGAGCCCAUAUGGAGGGCAGAGCUGGCCUCAGCCUCUGUUCCUAGCCCAGCCCCUCUUCCUGAGUCUCCCAGGGGCCUUGGGGCCUCUUCCCCUAGUUCCUGUGCUUUCCAGGUAGCCAGACCUCGAUUCUCAGCCACCAGAACAGGAUUACAGGCUCAUGUGUGGAGGCCUGGGGCAGGGCACCAGUGAGCAGGACACAGGUCCCAGGACCAAGGAGAGAUGGGAUAUCCAGCUCCAAACGUUGCUUCUCCUCCCCUAUCCCAUCCCCCUCAGGCCUCUGGCGUCUCAAUUCCCUCCUGCCAGAGAGAGUUUUGAGUUUGAUGUCCCGUCCCCCAGUUUCCUCCCUGCCCUCCCUACUUUCCAACCUACUAUCUCUGCUCUGGGUAUCUUUGCUUCUAUUUGUGUAUUUCCUUGCCUGAACUCUUGUCUUUAUCUCCAGGCUUCUCCAUCCAUAUUUCUCUGUAGGUCUCUGUUUCUUUACAUUUGUGCUUUUCUCUGUGGGCCUCAUUUUGAUGUCCAGUGAGAAGCACACAGAGUUGAAGUUACCCCUGGGACCUCAGGCAAGAAGCUCACCAUCAGGCAGACAGC